UAAUAAUUUGGAAAGUUUUCUUGGCGUGGAGGAACGGGCUAUGGAAAAUCCCCGCUGACCUUGGCCAGGUUGUGGUGUGUGAGCGGCGCUAGUUACCCCGCACAGCCCGGGCAUGGAGCAGCUGAAGCGGGAGCUGCGCACCGAGACCUUGUGGAGGGCUCUGCCCGCCGAGUUCCUGGGCACGGCCGUGCUGGUCUUCUGCGGGGUGGCCAGUGCCCUGGCGUGGGCCGGGCAGCAGCCGCCGGUCCUGCAGGUGGCCCUGGGCUUCGGCCUGGCCGUCUCCGCCGCCUCUCUCUUCACGCAGGGAGUGGGAGCCGGACACCUCAACCCUGCUGUCAGCCUGGCGCUGCUGGUCAGCCUUCGCAUCAGCCCGCUCCGGGCGCUGCUGUCCGCGCUCAUGCAGAGUCUGGGCUCCAUCGCUGCUUGCGCGCUGCUGCAAGCACUCACCCCGCUCCAUGUCCGCGGGGAGAUGGGGCUCAGCAAGCCUUCUGCUGGCGUUACACAGAUCCAGGCCUUGGUAGUUGAAGUCAUCGUCACCUUCCAGCUUGUACUGUGCGUCUUUGUAAUCUCACAGAAGGAAAGCCACUUUGAAGGAUCUGCACAGGUGGCCCUCGGAGUUUCUGUGACCCUUGGACAUUUGGUGGCGAUCCGAUUCACUGGAUGCAGCAUGAAUCCCGCACGAUCCCUGGGACCGGCUGUUAUAACGUCAAACUUCUCUCAGCACUGGAUCUUCUGGGUUGGACCUCUGCUGGGAGGAGUCUUGGCCGCGAUCGUGUACAGUUCUCUGCUGACGCCAAAGAGGUUCAGGUGCGGAGACUGCCUGAGUAUGUGGAAGACAGAUGCCGAGCCAGAACACAAGGUGGAAGCACGGCCCUAGACACAACACAUUGCCUGCCUCAGCUGCAGCAUAUUCCUGCCUAAUGCACGAUAGAGUUGCUACACAUUCACUUUAUUAUGUUAGAACGUGGUUAGAAUUUUAACUAAAAUAAAAAAAAUCAUGCAUUUAAACUGCAAUAGCGUAAUGAUGAUUCUGGAGAUAUAUUUACCCCCAAUGGCUGAAGGAACGAUAGUAACACACUGCAGUCAUUUUAUGAUAUAAUGUAUUCUAUAAUCUGAAAUAAACACAAUAUAUUGAGAGUUGAGUCGAGUCGAUUGUUCACAUUAAGUCCAAACAAACUCGGUGAAGAAAUCCAAACAAGUUUAUGCAAUUUGAGUCUUUAGACUGCAGGGAGUAACUUAGAAAUGAUCUGUUCACUCAGUCGACAUACCCUUGAUGAAAGGAUUCAACAUCAUCUCUGCGGCAUCUAAUCCCAAAACUACAAAGAACGUCUAGGACAGAACUUGGCUACUUGACUCAAUAAGCCCAUGGUACUCCACUUUGGCCUCUUAUCUUUCCUUAUCCACCCUAUCACCAUCAUCCUCCCUUUUGGACAACCGGUUCACAUCAUCUCCCAACAAUCUCA